AUGACAGACUCCGCUAACUCCAUGAACUCUGGGGGACGAAUGCCUGGAGAUGGUCCAAAACAUUAUCCUUGUAUAUCUUGUGGGAAAAGAACCAAAGCUGAUCAAAGACGUUUCAUAAAGCCUGGAUCUUCUGAAUCGUACAAACUAUACCUUCAACAUUUGGGACUUUCUGUUAAUUGUGAAAACUAUGUUUAUGUUACAUGCCUCAACUGUUAUACGAAAUUCUACAAGUCCAUAAAGAAAACUUCAAAAGAAACAGAGCAAGAUUAUGAACCACCGGCAAAGUCUCUGAAAUCAGAUGCCAAAAGUCCGAACAUUAUUCCAUUGCCCAUAGUUUCAUCAGGAAAAAGUCACUCAUCCUGUGUCAUAUGUAAGAAGAGGACAUCAAGGCUCCUCACCCUGUCUGCAGAGAGACGGCAUCAUAUAUUCAUUUUAUCAGGACACCUUCUGCUGUCGGGUGCACGGUGCUGCCGAUCCCACUUAGCACCAGACUUUUCUCUGAAAGAUGAUGCUAUCAGAUGUCUGGAGAACUCGUCUUCUGGCUCCAGGUCGGUACACGACACCACCUACUUCAACAAAACAGACAUUUUUUCUUUGAUUUCGACAAUAAGAGCAGCAGCAAUUAGAAAUAAGAAAAACAGAUUAGACUUUGACAGCAGCAAUGGCCUUUCUGACGCAGAUUAUGUGAAUUUAACAGGAAUUUCCAGAGCAGAUUUUGACGAUGUAGUGUCGCAUGUGCAGUCGAUUAGAGCUACGAAGAAUCGCAGCAUCAGAGCCUGUAUUGCUCUUCUACUGGUGAAACUAAGGACUGGUCUUUCCCAUCGAAUGCUAUCAACACUCUUCAACAUUGAAAAAUGUGGUGUCAGACGGGCAAUAACAACAGCCAGGGAAGAGAUUAUCCAGGAGCACACAACACCACUUGCUAAGGAGCUGUUUGGCAGUGAUCUACACAAUCCAGCUAUUUUAGUCGUAGACGGAACCUACAUUUUUAUCCAGAAAAGUAGCAACUUCAGGUUCCAGCGCAGGUCAUACAGCCAGCACAAAAACCGACCUCUAGUCAAGCCAAUGGUUAUAGUGUCUACGACCGGCUACAUAAUAUCGGUCCUCGAACCAUAUUUUGCAGACCAGAAAAACAACGAUGCGAGCAUCCUGAAGCACAACAUUCAGUCCAACAUGGAGAACAUCAAAGAUUGGCUGCAUCAGGAGGAUGUCCUCGUAGUUGACCGUGGCUUCAGAGACUCAAUCAGUUUCCUUGACAGCUUGGGAAUCAGAUGCCAGAUGCCUGCCUUUCUUCCAAAAGGCCAGAAACAACACACAACAGAUGAGGCAAAUACUUUGAGACUGGUCACCAAAAUCCGUUGGAUUGUUGAGUCGGUGAAUGGACGAUUGAAACAAUGGAAGUUUUUGCAAAAUGUUGUCCCGAAUACCCAGAUACCCUUCAUCAGGGAUUAUGUGUGCUUGGUUGCAGCUCUCUGUAAUAAGUACAGACAACCCUUAAAUGCUGGAAACCCAGAAAAUGAUGUGAUUUUAGCUGCUAAAAUGAGGUACUUAGCAUCUCAGACAAACAAGCUUCAGGAGAGAGUGGAAUCUGAAGGACUACACAGAAGAGUCAAGUCAUGGACCCCAAUCAAUGCUGCUGAUUCGUUGGACUUUCCACGUCUCUCAGAGGAGGAUCUGUGUAAUUUGACUAUUGGUGUUUACCAGUUAAAGCUGGCUAAGGGGUACACUGCUCAGCACAUGGAUGAAGAAGGUGAUUACGUCAUCAUGGUAAAUGCUGAUAUUCCUGAUGUUCUGUGGAUAAGGAUCCGGAGUCGACAUAUUUCAGGUAAACAAUACCUUCUUUGGAUAGAGCACUCAGAGGGAGCUGUUACUGGUUGGUAUUGUCAGUGUCGUGCUGGAGCCAGAGUUGUCGGGGCAUGUGCCCAUGUGGCCUCAGUAUUGUGGUUUCUUGGCUAUGAAAGACACACAAACGCAUUUAGACCUACUCAAGACUGGGCUGACUACCUUGAGGAUGCAGCUGUGCUUCCUGCAGUAAUGGAUGGCUCAUCAGAAAGUGAAAUGAGUGCAACGGAAAAGUGA